AUGCUCGCCGACGACCCCACCGACACGUUCCUCCGCUACAGCCUGGCCAUGGAGCUGGACAAGGAGGGCAACCACACCGCCAGCCUCGCCAAGCUAGCAGAGCUCACCAAGGACGAACCUCCCUACGUGCCGGCGUUCUUUAUGGCGGGGCAGCAGCUCACCCGGAUUGACCGUGUGAACGAGGCCCGCGCUUUCCUACGCGACGGCAUCGAGGCCGCUCGCACGCAAGGCGACGCCCAUGCCGCUGGCGAGAUGAGCGAAUUCCUGGCCAGCCUAGGCGACAUGGCGGUGCUGUCCGCGCUGACCCCGGCGGCCUCGCCGGCCGACAUUGUGCUGGCUGACUCGACGGCAGAGUUCUCAAAUGUGCAGGGGCAGGACAGCUGGCUUUAUGGCUACUACAGCGGCCCCUUCACGCCCGACAACUUCCAGCAGAUGGCCGAGUACGAUGUGGCCCGCGAGCGCUGGCAGGUGGACGGCACGCACCCGUUCCCCUUCUACUGGACCAUGCUUGACCGUCAGGGCGGGCACCCCAACGGGCUGACGACCAGCGCGGGGUUCCAGCCGGCCGAGCACUGGCCCGUCCGCCGCUAUGAGAGUGAGUCCGCCGGCGCAGUGACCAUCGCCGGCGUGGUGGGAGACAUCGACGAUCGCUUCGGGGGCCAGGGGCUCAUCGCUCGGAUCUUCGUCGACGGAGUCGAGGUCUACACCCGUCACCUGGGCAACGCCGAGUCGAACGUGCCCUACGAGGUCGACGCGGUGGUCUCCGUUGGCUCGUUUAUCGACUUCGCGGUAGACCCCAAAAACUCAAACGACUGGGCCGACCGAUUUCUGUUCACCGCCGUGGUGACGACCGUGCCAGAGCCAUGGUCGACGGUGCUGCUGGCGGCGGUCGGAGCUCCGAUCAUGGCGGGGCGGCGUUGCCGAAACUACGCGUCCGGUUCGUAG